CCAAAGUAGACCAUCAUUGCAAGAACAAAGCAAUGCACACAUCGACACAGUAUUCGAUGAGGUAGCGCAUACACUCGAACGCUUCGCGACCACGGCAAGAAGCUCUUGACACCACCAGCCGUCAUCACCGCGCACAGUAGUAGCCAUGCAAGCCGCACUCGCACCGUUCCAAGAGGCUCAUGCGACUGCGCUAGCCCAGCCCGUCGCGAACUUCUUCAGUCCUGUCCCGCCUGUACAAGAGCCUGGCCGCCUGUAUGACUUCUUUCGCGCAUCGAACGACGUUCAAAUCGAAGGCGAUGUUCGCUACGUGCUCAAGCACAACAAGACCACGUGCAUGACGCAGAAAGAGAGCGGUGCAUGGGUCGACAUCAUCGUGAGCUACUGGCGCGCAGUGAAGGAGAUAAUUAAGGCAGAAGAGGCAUCGAACCAGGGCAGGUUGGGAGAGCGCCAAUACGUUGCCGUGUACGACGCCUGGAAAGACCUGACCAGCAACUUCAUCAAGCACAUCUCUGGUGGAGCAUUGCCAGCAUGGGCUAUAUUCACUCUAUACUUCACUGCGAAUCAUUUGCGCAGGAUAGCGAUCAAGGCAGACGAUCAGUUGGCCAAGUCCAAGCCAGCCACUGUCAACGCCAGCUUCUCAGACGAUAUCGUGAGCACAGUGGCACAGAAUCAGAAGUUGGAGGAAGCUGCACGCGUGUUCAACAGGAUCUUUGCUCUGUGCUUGGGUGACAGAAACCCAGAUCUCAACGAGUCCCGCAAGUGGGGCGUCUACUGUGUAGCCAACCUUCAAUUCAAGACCUACUUCAAGCUGAAGGCCAUCAGCCUGUCCAAGAACGUUGUCCGCUCGAUCGAAGCCCAGUCUGAUUUACCACCCUUCAAACUAUACCCAAAAGCGCACCGAGUCACAUACCGCUACUACACUGGAGUCCUUGCUUUCUUGCAAGAGGAUUACACAAAGGCGGAGAAGAACUUACAGGAAGCCUGGGAUGCUUGCUAUGCUAGCGCUGAGAAGAACAAAUCAUUGAUCCUCACCUACCUAAUUCCUUGUCGUCUGAUCACACAGCAUGUCGUACCCAAAGCUCCUCUCCUCGCGGAAUCACCCCGACUCGAACGUAUCUUCGGACCACUCGUGACCUGCAUAAGGAAAGGCGACCUUACAGGCUUCGACAAAGCACUAGCAGAGGGCGAGCCCGAGUUUGUCAAGCGCCGCAUCUUCCUCACACUCGAACGAAGUCGCGACAUUGCGCUUCGGAAUCUCUUGCGGAAAGUUUACUUGGCUGGUGGCUAUGACGAUCUGAAGGAAGGGCAGACAGAGAAGGAUAGGAUCAGAAAGUCGAGGAUACCGCUCGUCAACUUUGCAGCAGCGCUGAGAAUGGGUGGCCAGGCGGUGGAGGACGAUGAGGUUGAGUGCUUAUUGGCGAACCAGAUCUACAAAGUACGUGUCCCUUGCCCAGUGCAAGACUCGUUGCUAACGCUACCACAGGGUUUGAUGAAGGGCUACAUCUCACGCGAGCACGCCAUGGUAGUGCUGAACAAGAAGGGCGCCUUCCCCGGCACCGGAGUGUGAAGCCUAGAGCAGAUGCCACCGAUUACGUCCAGAUGUCAUAUACGGCACAGAAAUCCCACCGACAAGUGCCGAACUAAUAUGCGCAAUGUAUUGCUACCUCAGUGCAGGCAUCCGCUGAGAACC